AAUAAGACUUUUUCAUCUGAACAUUUGUGUUUUUUACUGUGAAAAUGGAAGAAGAGGUUGCUAGCAGUGGUGACAAUAUUGUCACGGAGUUUAAUACUUAUGAAGACUUUUUAGAUUCACAAAUAACAUCGCUCGACCUUUAUUAUUUAGAGGAUGAAGAGUUAGCUAGACAGUUAGUGGAGUUAGGUUAUAGAGGUAGUGGUGAAGUGUUAAAAAGAGAGGAAUUUGAAGCCAGAAAACAAGCAGCUGAAGCCAGUAGAUUGUCAAAACGUAGUCAACAAAAAACAUUGGCCAGUUCAGGAAAAGAACUCAAAGAUCCAUUUUAUAAAUGUUUAGCUCAAAGAGAAGAGGCUAAUAGAAGUGGGAAAAUGACGACUAUAGUAUUUAUUAGAGAUAAAAAUGCCAGAGGACAAGAAAUAUCAGGAUAUAUUGAUUUUGCUCAUAGAUUAAAAACAGAAGAUUUCGAACCAUAUUUUAGUGGUAGAAAAAGAUUAUUACCUAGACCAUCAGAUCUCAGUUUUUACAAUUGGGAAACACAAACCUCCACCUCCAAUCCAACACCCAAUUAUCAAGUGAUAGCUGAAAACGCCUCUGGUUUGUUGUUUAAAAAUAAAAGAGAUAGAAAAAUCAUCAAUGUUGACCCUAAGGCACCAAGCCCAGGUGACAAUUCCACAAGAACUGUUUUAGAAACUCCAAAAUACAUUCAAAUAGUAAUCUAUGACCAUAUCACUAGAAGAAAAACAUAAACUAAUUGAUAUCCAGUCUUUCAUGUAUUAUUUAUUAUUCUUAAUGAAUUAAAUAAAUGGAAUUAAUUCAUAAAUUAAUAUUUAUCAAUAAUAAAUCCAUUUGUAGAAUAAAUAUUUAUAUUAGU